AUGGAGCACAAUAUGAAUGUAGUUGAAGAGGAAACGUUGAGAGGAGAUGAAGUGAUUGUGCCGGAGGUUGGUACGAGAUUCAAGGACGAAAAUGAAGUCUUCGAUUUUUACAAAUUAUAUGCUUACAACGUAGGUUUUCCAAUGAGAAAAAUGAAUUCUUUGAAGCCACAGCCUACAAUUCAGACAGGUUGUAAAGCCAGGAUCUCUGCGUCUGCAGAUAAUCAUGGUUACUGGAGAAUUAAUACGUUUGAAGUGAAUGACACGACUGAAAUUCCAUUGCACAAAAGUUUCAAUUCAGCAGUUGUGGAAGCCGGUGGAUAUGAAAAUAUGAUAUGCAUUGAAAAGGAUUGUCGAAAUUAUAUUGAACAAGUUAGGCGAUUAAGCUUUGGAGAGGGAGAUGCGCCAGCAAUACAGUCCAAUUUUUCAGAUAUGCAGGCAAGGUUCGUAGGAUUUUACUUUUGUAUAGAUUUGGAUGACGAUUCGCGUUUAAAGAAUGUAUUUUGGGCAAAUAAUCGAUGUAGGGAAUCAUAUAAGGAGUUUGGGGAUGUCGUGACGUUUGAUACCACUUACUUGACUAAAAGAUAUGACAUGCCUUUUGCGCCUUUUGUUGGCGUCAAUCAGCAUGGACAAUCAGCACUGUUCAAUUGUAGUUUGGUCUGUAAUGAGAACACGGAUACAUUUGUGUGA